AAGCAAUAUAUGUGCAUUUAUUCAGGCAUUUUUCACAGCACAUCCAUGUUCAUAUGUUAAGAGCUUGAAUGUUGGAUGUAACUGAAAGUCAUUUGACCAAUAGACAAAAACAGAUCGCCAUCGUACUAGCGGGGUCCUUUUAACAUUUCUAUGCCGUUGGGGCUCCAGUCAGGUCAGUGAAAUUAAAAUCACUUUAAUUGAACAGGAGCAAAACCCGAGCUGUGGUUCCAGAUGCUCACAACUGGGUGUGAUUACGUGUCAUUUUCCCCUGAUCUUUAUCACGUUUAACUACACCACACAGAGAAGCAGCCGUUUGUAUACACAACCAGUACCACAAGCACAACAGAAAGUCCCAAGUCAGUUCUAUCAAAGGAAAUCACCCGGAAAUGUCCGUCCCCGUGGGAAAUCUCUCAGUUUAGGUUGCUGCGCCACAUCCACACUGAAAUACCGACCAGCUAAGAGAGUUGAGAUGAUGUCGCAGUGGAUAUUCAACCAAAGUGGAUUAUUAUUGGCAAGUAGUCCAGAGAAAACAAUGGAGAAAAGAGUAAUUCACUCCUAAAUCCUUGAAAGGGCUUAAAACCCCACUGGGUAAAUAAAUGCAAUAGUUGAAGCUUUCCAAAUAGAGCUCAUUCUGGCUUAAAUGUCCCAGGGGGCCCGUUCCCGCCUUCAGACAGCAGGGCCACCAGACGAGAUAAAGCGUGAUUAGGGGCGACCUAAUGGUCCGAGGGAGGGGGUCCUCAUUACGGCUGCAUGUCGACCAUUCAAAUGACCCCUGUGAACAUAACCGUGCACUAUGGCACUCCAGACGCUUUCAUUUCACCCAGUUAGGCUCUGAUGUUUUUGCAAUUGCUAAACAUCUCCGCAUUUAUAAAAAGGUUUUUCUCGUGCAUCAGUCUGUCUGCUGCACGGUGAUCUCUUCAGUACCACGUGAGCAUGCGAACACACUGAAAUUGUGCGACUCCUGUCGUCGAGGCAGCUCCGAUGUGGGACCCUGAGUCUGUGAGUCGUGCUCUGUUUUGCGUUCGAGGGGGAAGAAGUGGGGAGGCAGAGGAGGAGGGGAGGGGCAGAUCCUAAGUGGCAGACAGGGGAGUUUGUGUAUACACCCGCAGCAAUACAAACAGGAGAUGCAGGCUCGAUAAGGAAAUUAAGGGAAAGGGUGCAACUCAAAUAAGCAGAGAGCGAUGCGCCAACGGACCGAUGCACCUCUCUCUCUCUCUCCCAGAUUUUUGCUCUCUCAAACUCCUGCUCGCCGUCAUUUACAGAAAGAAAAUCAGAGAGAGAGAGAGAGGUGAAAGUCAAGGCAUAGCUGCAGAAGCGUCACUUGGAUAUUCUGGAGUCGCCACCUAAGUUGCAUUGGAGUUGAUUGCAUUUUUCCCCUUGGAUCAAAGCAUCAGCCUCGUCGUUCUAGCCUCAAAGAAGCAACAACGCUGGGCUAUUGACGGGGGUGCGUGGUCACCCACGGGACGUACAGAAGAUGGCGAUUUGUUCCCAAGUGGUCGAAGAGUGAGGCCUCGAGCACCCACUGUCCCUGAGGAGACCAGACGGAAGAAAGAAAAGGGAUCGAGUUCACCCGCCGUGUAGAACAGAAGGACGAGAGGAAAUAUGCCCUCAGUGUGACCGGAUCCAACAGAAGCCCAAGUUCUUAUCUACAUGAGGGAGAAGGAUGCUUCUUCAAGCACAAAGCAUAGAUUAUAACCCGUUGAGUCAGGGCAACGGGGCCGAGUAUCGAAAGAACUUCGGGGGCCGCUCUGCCGGUGCAAUGACGGAGCCGGACGGAGCCGAGGACGCCCCCCCGACUUGGGCGUUCGACCGGUCGUUCCGGAAGCCGGCGGCGCGUCUCUGCCUCAACGCUUUGGAUUUCUCAGACCUCUGGGACGAGGAGGACGGCGAAGAGGACGACGGCGCCGUCCCGACCAGCGAACCGCCGGCUCCUCCCGGAGCCCCUCCGGCGCCCCCUCCUCUUCCUCCGCCCACGACGCCCGCCCCACCUCUGCCCUCCGCCUCCCGGAGGGGCGAGGAGAGCAUCAAAUGCCACACCUUGAGGCUCCACUGGAGAGAGCUGCAGAGUUUGGCUCCCCUUCCCAGAAUGACGCGCUUCGGGACUCGGACGAUUUGGGAGACGCUCGAGCCCGUCCACCUGGACACUGACCGGCUGGAGCACCUGUUUAAAUCUAAGGGCAGUAGCAGCAGUUUUAACGUGGCUUCUGGGAGGCAGAAGCAGCCGUUGGUCUCGGUGCUGGGGAUGAAGAGGAGUAACAUCAUCACCAUCGCCCUGAGCAGCCUGCCCCCUCCCCGCCUCCUCCCCCCGGCUAUCUACAGCAUGGACAGCAGUGUGCUGGACAGAGAGGACGUUCAGCGGCUCAAAGCGUUGGUCCCGACGGAGGAGGAGCUGAGGCUGAUCGAGGAGGCCAAGGCCCAGGACCCCCACUCACCUCUGGCCCCCGCAGAGCUCUGCCUGCUCACCUUGGGGGGAAUCCCACAUCUGACCUCCAGGCUGCAGCUGUGGGCCUUCGCUCUGGACUACGAUUCCCUGGAGCGGGAAAUCGCCGAGCCCCUCUUCCAUCUGAAGUUGGCCAUGAAGCAGCUCGCGGCCAGCCAGACCUUCAGGUGUAUCCUAGCGACCGUGUUGGCGAUCGGCAACUUUCUCAAUGGAUGCAAGGCCCGGGGCUUUGAGCUGAGUUACCUGGGGAAGCUGUCCCAGGUGAGGGACACGCACACCCGCCAGCCGCUGCUGCUCCACGUCUGCGCGCUGCUGCUGCAGCUCUACCCGCAGUCCACCGACCUCCACUCCGACAUCGCUGCCGUCGCAAAGGCCGGCAAGUUUGACUUCUCCCUGGUCCGGUCCAACCUCACCCAGCUGGAGGCCCUGUGCAAAGCAUCAUGGGAGCAGCUCAAGAGUUUGGACAAGGCAGAGGAGAAGAGGAGAGGGGGGAGGGUUGACAAGAGGAGAGGAGGAGGUGGACGAGAUGCCACGGAGGGCUCGCUCCGUCAACGUCUGCCGCAGAUUUUGAAAGAGUGCGAGGAGCGGCUGAAGGUCCUGAGAGCCGUCCAUCGGCGCGUCAUCAACAGGUUCCACUCUUUCCUCCUGUUCCUCGGCUACUCCCGAGCUAUGGUGAGGGACACCAAAGCAGAGGACUUCUGCAAAACCAUCAGCGACUUUUCCCUGGAGUACAGGACCACGAGGCAGGCCUUCCUCCUGCAGCGGGAUAGGGAGCGACGGAAGGGCGCAGCGGAGAGCCCGGGAGCCGAGGCGCCCGUCGGCCGGAGGAAACGCCAACAAACUCCAACACAGCAGGAGGACGGGGAGCAGCGCAGGCUGGAGGAGGUGCUGAGGACAGUCGAGUCCGACCCGAGGCUGGACGCCACGCUGCCCCGAGCUCGCAGGAGGAUGGCCGACAUCACAGGUGCCUUCUCCCGGAAAAUAAGACGGUGACCCUGCUGACAAAGGCCACUGGUGUGAUAGAGUUUUCUUUGUUGUUGUUGUUAUUUAUGACAGAUGUUGUUAAAAGAGACAAAAGAAAAUGGACAGGUGCAUGACAUCUCUCGGUUUUUCAUUUAAAUCUACAUGUAGUUGUUUUUAUUAGCAUAUCAAAACUACUACAUAUGUAUAUGCCUUUCAUUGUAAAUUAAAGUGAAGGAAAAUAAAAAUGAUAUAUAGCUUAAAUACUUUAUUUUGUAUAUAAUUUUUGUGUGGUAUUCCACAUAAUAAAAUGUGUCACUUUGUAGCAAAUUGACACAUUUAGUGUGAUCAGGUUGCAUCAUUAUGUGUUUUACAGAUAAUAAAACAAUGCAGACGGUGAAUGCGUGGGCGGUCUUUAAGCUAACAUGUUACUAGUUGGUGUCGGUUGACCCAAUCGAGUGCAACAGUCUGGGUGUGUCGUCAUCCGUGAGCGGGAGUGACGGGCGCCCCCGUCCAAUCCGUGAAGAGCACAGCGACGCCGGCGGCCGUUGGAUUGUCCAAUCGGGCGCCGUGACGCGGCAGUGGGCGUCACCCUUCUUCCGCCGCGCGGGUGGGAGUCGACGCCAUUUCGUGUCCACCGUUUCAAGGUGAUACAAUCCGCCUGCAGAGCCGUUAACGGAUCUUUACCUGCGCAAGUAAUAACAGCGUUGAAUUUUACUCAUUUUUAGUGUUAAGCUCCUGGUGAGUAUUUUUAACCGAGAGAUUUUUCCCCCCCCUAUAUUUUUUAUUUUUAUUUUUUUUUCGACUUUGAAACCUCUUUGGGACUCUUUUUGUUUUUGUUUUCAUUUUUAAUGCAUUUUUUUCCCGGCUGGUAUUCCCGAGACUGUGUGUGGCUUUAGUGGCGUACAUUUUGUGUUUGCGUUAUUCGAGCUGCGCAGAUAGGGGUGUGAGAAUCUCCCCCCCCCCCCCCCCCCCUCCCCCUCCUCCAUCGGCCCCCCUCCCUCCGCAACAUGAUUUUUAUAAGACAUUUAUUUAAACAAAGACCCCCCGUUUCCGCCCUCGUCGUGUGUCUGAUUCGUGGUGGUGUUUUCGGGGGGGAGAAAGGUGGAAGGCGGUGCCCGUGUUUUCGGCCCUUUCCCCGGUGGACGUGUUUUUAAAAAGACGCUUUUCGGGUCUCGCGCGGCGCUUUCGCGGUCGUUUCAAAUUGACUCCUAAAGACGUGCUUUUCCCCCUUUUGGGAUUUGGGCAGAGCUCGUGUGUGUGUGUGUGCGUGCGUGUGUGGGUUUUUGUUUUUUUUUCUGCCGCGAAUUUUUCAGGAUUUUUUUUUUCUUCAAUGACGGCUGGGGCGUUUUUAUUCUCUUUUUCUUUUUUUAAUGAACAUUAACUCCAGGGAAUGCUGUAGCAUUGGGGUGACAGACUGGGGGCAUUUGGUAAUUCUGUUGUAAUCAUAAAAAGUCAAUUAAUUUGAGUGAGUGAGGGGCAAUAAUCUGUAGGCCUGCACCUUUUUAAUUCCUCUUUUAUAGCUGUAGAUUAGCUGUUUACAAGCAUGUGACGAGCAACAGAGUUGUAUUGUGGGAAGUCAGGAAAGUUUUGCCCCGCCCUCCAGCUUUGCCCCGCCCCCAAGUGUGUCCUCUGUAAGCGUCCUUGAGCACUAGUCCCCCCGGCCUCUAGGGGCGCUGUCCCGUAGCCGUCCCUUUUAAUCCUUUAACAAUGUCCGUAGCAGUCUGGGCAGGUUAUUGUUGCAGCAAACCGUCAUUUUGUGGAUUUUUAUUUUUAAAUCCAUUCACUGUUUUCAUGCAUGACCUUUUUUAAUUUAUCUGCAGAAGUAGAAGUGUUUGAAGCCAUUGAAAAAAAGUGUGGGAAAGAUGAAUUUUGGUUUUCAUCAAAUGAUAACCAGGUAUUUUAUAUCAAUGUAUAUAAUUUAAAUAGAAAAUUAGAAAGAUUUUUCAGCGAAAAUUUUAAUAUCCAGUUCACAAUGACAUGAAAAAGGUGUGAAUAUUAUGAGUUUGAUUUAGUUAAUGGGUUUUGUUUAAUCCUAAGCAUUUUGUUUGAACAAAUUCAAAGUGAAGAUGUGUCAUUAAGAGCAUUAUUAUUGGACUUUUUAAAAAAAAUAAAUACUUAUUUCCCUCCCA